AUGUUCGCCGCACGCAGAGCAUUGACGGGCGUUGCCCAAGCACGAGCCUUCUCAGCUUCUGCCAGAGACUUGUCGAAGGUUACCAUUUUGGGUGCUGCUGGUGGAAUCGGACAGCCAUUGUCCCUCCUCUGCAAGCUCAACCCUCGUGUUACAGAGCUCGCCCUCUAUGAUAUCCGACUGGCACCAGGUGUUGCUGCCGAUGUCAGCCAUAUCAACACCAAGAGCAAGGUUACUGGAUACGACCCAACACCAAGCGGACUCGCAGCUGCUUUGAAGGGUGCCGAAAUUGUUCUCAUCCCGGCUGGUGUUCCCCGCAAGCCAGGAAUGACCCGCGACGAUCUAUUCAACACCAAUGCGUCCAUCGUCCGCGAUCUCGCAAAGGCCGUUGCCGAGUCUGCCCCAGAUGCCAACAUCCUUGUUAUCUCGAAUCCAGUCAACAGCACUGUCCCAAUCGUCGCUGAGAUCCUGAAGGCAAAGGGAGUCUACAACCCCAAGCGUCUGUUCGGUGUUACUACUCUCGAUGUCGUCCGUGCCUCUCGAUUCGUUUCUGAGAUCAAGAACACCGACCCAAGAGAUGAGAACAUCACUGUUGUUGGCGGUCACUCCGGUGUUACCAUUGUUCCUCUCUUCUCGCAAUCGUCGCACCCAGAUCUCGUUGGUGAUGCCACUCUCCUGAACCGUGUCCAAUUCGGUGGUGAUGAGGUCGUCAAGGCUAAGGAUGGUGCUGGAUCUGCUACCCUCUCUAUGGCCAUGGCUGGUGCUCGUUUCGCAGAGAGCUUAUUGAAGGCUGCUCAAGGCGAGAAGGGUGUUGUCGAGCCAACUUUCGUUGACAGCCCAUUGUACAAGGACCAAGGAAUUGAUUUCUUUGCCAGCAAAGUUGAGCUCGGCCCCAACGGUGUUGAGAAGAUUCACGACGUUGGAAAGCUUACCGCUGAGGAGCAAAAGCUUCUGGACGCUUGCUUGGAGGAUUUGAAGAAGAACAUCGACAAGGGAGUUGCAUUCGUCGCCUCGAACCCAGGAAAGUAAAGAUACCACGGCAUAUGGUUGGGGUUCAUAGAGGAGAGGAUCUGGUGGGGUGGAACUGAUUGCCCAUAUCGAGGCCUGCGUCUUUUAUGCGUAGAUGUAGAUUUCGAUCUUGUAUCAAAACAAACCAUUAAGAUUCUAAUCUCUACUCUGAAUACUCUGUUAAUCUAUUGGUGGUUGAUUCCGCACGCAAUGUAAAAUGCAACAUUAACCUGUCUUAGGUCUGAUUUUUCAUUCAGACAU